AUGGCAACAUACGAAAGAAUCGAAAUAGAUUUAGAAUAUGCAAGAGGAGCUUAUGAGAAGGCGGAGAAGUAUUUGCAGACGUUUAAAGAAGGAGAAGACGAUGGGAAAUGGCUAAACUGGUAA